GUUUUGUACAAACAUUUUAUAUCCGGUACAUGCGCACAAGGUGGAAUUUUGUGCUUCGGUAAAUAGUGCUCAAGUGUAUACGGAGGCCUCACCAUGAGUAGUUCCGAGGAAGUUUCAUGGAUAUCAUGGUUCUGUGGCUUGAGAGGAAAUGAAUUUUUCUGCGAGGUGGACGAGGAUUACAUUCAAGACAAGUUCAACCUGACAGGGCUGAAUGAGCAGGUACCACACUACAGACAAGCUCUAGAUAUGAUUCUAGACCUUGAGCCAGAUGAUGAGCUGGAGGACAACCCCAAUCAGAGUGAUCUGAUAGAGCAGGCGGCCGAGAUGCUCUACGGCCUCAUUCACGCACGAUACAUUAUGACUAACCGGGGCAUAGCUCAAAUGAUUGAGAAAUGGCAGCAGGGUGACUUUGGCUACUGUCCUCUGUACUGUGAAAAUCAACCUAUGCUUCCCAUUGGUUUGUCAGAUGUACCAGGUGAGGCAAUGGUGAAGUUGUACUGCCCAAAAUGUCAGGAUGCAUACACACCUAAAUCAUCUCGACACCACCACACUGAUGGGGCAUACUUUGGCACUGGCUUCCCACACAUGCUGUUUAUGGUGCAUCCAGAGUAUCGACCUAAGCGACCUGCUAACCAGUUCGUUCCCAGACUUUAUGGCUUCAAGAUUCAUCCUUUGGCCUACCAGCUGCAGUACCAGGCGGCUGCUAACUUCAAGAUGCCCAUGAGGGGGACAAGUCAUCCAAACAGCAAACGAUAAGAUGUUCCCCCCCCAAGUUCCCGAAAACAGCGUGGAAUUAAAGACUACAACUUCUGCCAGCGGCUCAAUCCAAAUUUCUAUUCUUGUGCUUUUUUUUUUUUUCCUGCCCACACCCAUCCACCCCUUUGGUCCCCUUUUUGUUCUUGUGCAAAACUUUAUAGGACAGAGUUUUGAAAGGAAUACAUUCAUUUGUCAGUUGUGUGGUUGUUUGGGACUGGGAAGUAUAGAAAAACCAUGGAUUAUUAGAAAAGCAAGUGCUGAACAAUGUUGGGAACUCCCACUGUACAUAUUCCUCUAUGCUAGUAAUUUUGACUCAGUUUUAAAAGCAGAGGUAGAAAGCUCAAGUAAAACAAAGAAAAGAAAAACACGGGGGAAAAAGUAAUUUGUAGAUAAGGUGAUUGUGGGGAGGGAGUGGGGAAGGACAGCAGCAAACCUUUGAUAUGUGGUUGUUUCUGAAGGGCCAUCAGUGUGUACUGACAAUAAAAGUAUAUGCAUUGUG